GGUUAAUUAUUGUUCAAGUUAAAAGAAAACAAAAGAAAGAAAAAAAAACAGAAAAAGUAGAAAGAGAGAAGAAGAAUAACAAAAAUGGUGGGCUCAGGAUCAUCAUCAUCAGUAGCAGCAGGAGGGUCAGUAGACAGAAGCAAGGAAGCAGUUGGGAUGAUGGCCCUUCACGAGGCCCUCACAAAUGUCUGUCUCAAUUCAGAAUGGAUUUACUCCAUCUUUUGGACAAUUCGUCAACGCCCAAGAGUCAGAGGUGGAAAUGGUAGCAAAUUAGGAGAAGACAACGGCAGCCUGAUGUUGAUGUGGGAAGAUGGGUAUUGUAGAGGAGGAAGAAUAAGAUCAGGGGAAGAAGAUGAUGAUGCCAUUAGAAAAUCCUUUGCCAAAAUGUCUAUUCAGUUGUAUAAUUAUGGAGAAGGAUUGAUGGGUAAAAUUGCUUCAGAUAAAUGUCACAAAUGGGUAUUUAAGGAGCCUAUGAAUCAGUGUGAAACUUCUAAUUACUGGCAGAGUUCUUUUGAUGCUAUUCCCACUGAAUGGACUGAUCAAUUUGAGUCUGGUAUUCAGACAGUUGCUGUAAUUCAAGCUGGCCAUGGCCUUCUUCAACUGGGUUCUUGCAAGAUUAUAGCAGAAGACUUGCAUUUCGUGUUGAAAAUGAGACACACAUUUGAAUCACUUGGUUACCAAUCUGGAUUCUAUCUUUCCCAUCUAUUCUCAUCUUCAUCUCCUUCUUCCUUAUUACAAAUAAACCCACAACAGUCUGCUUUUAAUUGGGGAUCAAAUUCAUUAAUGGCGUCCGAUCAGUUUCCAAUUCCAUCUCCCGGCGGCGUAGGGUUCUUAAAUCUUCAUUCGUCGGAAACCCACAUGAUCGGAGAACAUGAUCAGGAUAGCCAAUGGGAGAAUAAGUUCAAGAGGAGUUUCACUUUGCCGGCGAGAAUGAUUUCGUCUUCAAUGGCGGAACAGUUUAAUGGUGGAAUGAAUCAACAUCAGGCUGCUGAUUUUAUGGAUCCUUUUUUAGAAUAGAAUAAUAAUAAUAAUAACAUCAAGGAAUGAUUUGAAUUCUAUUAGGACUUGUUACAUUAUUGGGUUUGCUUAAGAAAUAAUUUUGUUCUUAAUAUUUUAUAAAGAAUAAAAUUAAGGCAUUUUAUCAUUUUAAUCUAGCAUUAUUUAAUA